GAAAACCCUCGUCCUCUUUUUCUAGGGCUUCAUUUCUCGAUCUCAAUUUUCAUCUCGAUCUCGAUCUCGAUCGAUCUCUGCGAGCUUGCUAGAUGAGGCCGUCGAUGCUCCGAUCCAUGGAGUCCGUCCUUCGCCGGGCGGCUGACGCCCGCUACUUCUCCUCCGGCGCGGGCCCUGAGCGUAAGGUCGCCAUCCUCGGCGCCGCCGGCGGCAUCGGCCAGCCCCUCUCCCUCCUCAUGAAGCUCAACCCCCUCGUCUCCCAACUCUCCCUCUACGAUAUCGCCGGAACUCCAGGCGUCGCCGCCGAUGUCAGCCACAUCAACACCGCUGCCCAGGUCGCUGGUUUCGCGGGCGAGGACCAGCUCGGUGAGGCCCUGAAGGAUUCUGACAUCGUCAUCAUCCCCGCCGGCGUCCCCCGCAAGCCUGGCAUGACCCGCGAUGAUCUCUUCAACAUCAAUGCUGGCAUCGUUAAGUCCCUUUGCACUGCCAUCGCCAAACACUGCCCCCACGCGCUUGUGAAUAUGAUUAGUAAUCCGGUGAACUCCACGGUGCCUAUUGCGGCUGAGGUGUUCAAGAAGAUGGGGACUUAUGACGAGAAGAAACUAUUUGGAGUAACCAUGCUUGAUGUUGUUCGUGCGAAGACAUUCUAUGCUGCGAAGGCUGGCGUCCCGGUUGCAGAUGUUAAUGUUCCUGUUGUUGGUGGACAUGCUGGUAUUACCAUUUUGCCGCUCUUUUCUCAGGCAACACCAUCUGCCAAUUCUUUGUCACAUGAGGACAUCAAGGCUCUUACAAAGAGAACUCAGGAUGGAGGAACUGAAGUGGUGGAGGCAAAAGCUGGAAAGGGCUCUGCAACUUUGUCCAUGGCCUAUGCUGGGGCUGUCUUUGCUGAUGCCUGCUUGAAAGGUCUCAAUGGUGUGCCAGAUGUUGUGGAAUGCUCUUUUGUCCAAUCUAACAUCACUGAAUUACCAUUCUUUGCCUCCAAGGUAAGGCUGGGUAAGAAUGGUGUUGAGGAUAUACAUGGAUUAGGGCCCCUAUCUGAUUUCGAGAAGCAAGGUUUGGAAAGUCUCAAGGAAGAGCUGAAAGCCUCCAUCGAGAAGGGUAUCAAAUUUGCAAAAGAAAAUUAAUAUAUUUGAUUGUAGUGGUUGUGAGACCCAUAUCAAAUUUUGCAUUUUAUGUUCGACAGACAUUUUCUAAGAGUUGCCUUGACUGUUGACUGCAGUCGAUUAUUAGGCUUUAGAUCAAGAAUUUAUAUUAAUAAGGCUCGGAAAUUGACAAAUUGUGGAAGAGGCACUCCAAACUAUUGGUUUUAUGGUUCUUGACAAGGCUAUAUCAUAUAUGCUUAUUUAUUCUGACUCGGAGUAAUUAUCCAGUUACCAGUGUUUUUCUCUGA